AUGUACCAGGUCGUGCAAGCUACCUUUGAUUGGCCCCUUGUGCGAAUUGUCAGCCACAUCGACAGCACUGUUGCUAGUGUAUUUCGGCGCUAUAGAGAUCUACAUAGGCACAUAGGCAUUGGUUUCGCACGGUUGCUGUAUUGCCGGAAGCGGGCGGUCGAAGUCACAUUGCUUGUGUGGUGUUUGUGUAUCCCGGCGAGCAUGCCAACCGGUUGGGUUCUGUUUCUCCGGUCGCUGGUCGACGAGGGAUUGAAGAAGAAGAUUCCUCAUAUCAGGAUCCUAUUGCUUCUGAGUGGGCUCUGCAUAGAGCGCUUGCAGGUCGCCGGCAUUGUCGCCCUGCAUGACAGAAUGAGCUUCUUCUGCCCGCUGAGCUUCGGGAUCAUGCUCGCAAUCAUACUCUUCAUCUCGAACUUUGGGUUCAUCUGUUGGGCUGGAGCGAGGCUCUGGAUUUCAAAGGAGAUCGCUCGGUUGAAACAGGACAUCGAAGACAUCGAGAAUGUGACAUAG